CAAGCCUGUCUACACCCACUUCACCCGGAAGCGCUGACGUUUUGUUUAUUGUCCGGUAAUCAGGUGAAUCACCUGGAGGACUUUCUUAUAUAUCUUCCGUGGUUGUUUAUGAUGUUCACGGCAUACGUUCAUAAAAGCUGCGAUUAACUUUCAAUAUAUAUGAUUAAUUGCUGAAUAUCUUUAUAGAAUAUUUGAAUCCAGUUACUGGUCAAAAAUUCUGAAAAUGAAAAAGGACAACAAACCUGACAACACAGCAUUUACACAGCAGAGACUGCCAGCAUGGCAGCCCGUCCUAUCAGUAGGCAUAGUUCUACCCCUCUUUUUCAUCAUUGGACUGGCCUUUAUAGGGAUUGGAAUUGGACUUUUAAUCACAUCAAAUAACAUUCAAGAGUUUGAGGAGGAAUACACUGGGAUAGGAGAUAAUUCAAACUGUUACAUUUGUGCAAAUAAUGCAACAGCUAAUUGCAAGUGCACACUCAACUUCACAAUAGCUCAACCCAUUCAGGGGUCUGUAUUUAUGUAUUAUGGAUUAACCAACUAUUAUCAAAAUCACCAGAAGUAUUUAAGUUCUCGGGAUGACCAACAGCUUGCUGGGGAAACGUACUACUUAAAGAAUCCUUCGCAGUCAUGUAAACCAUACCAGAUGGAUAUAAAUAAUAAUCCUAUUGCUCCUUGUGGAUCGAUUGCCAAUAGCUUUUUUAAUGAUGCCUUCGCUCUUUAUUACAACAAUCAAGGAUUCUUAGACGAAGUUAAAUUGGAUGGUAGUGCAAUUGCCUGGUGGACAGAUCACAAUGUAAAAUUCAGCAAUCCAUCGCAGACAGGCAGCAAUCUGUCCCAGAUAUUUGAAGGAACUGUAAAACCUAUAAACUGGAGUAAGCCUGUCUAUAAUCUUGAUGUCAAUAAUCCAGACAAUAAUGGCUUCAUUAAUGAGGAUUUUCUUGUGUGGAUGAGAACUGCAGCUCUUCCAGAUUUCAGAAAGCUCUAUCGUCGAAUUUCUGGAAAUUAUUCCAGUUUCAUGCCUUCUGGAAAUUACACACUUGAAAUAACCUACAAUUACCCAGUGAAGGACUUGCCUGGUAAAAAGAAAGUUAUUUUUAGCACCGUUUCAUGGAUGGGUGGAAAAAAUCAAUUUUUGGGAAUUGCCUAUCUUGUGUUUGGGUCACUUUGUUUUGUCAUGGGAUUUAUUCUACUUAUUGUUUACGCAAAAUACCAGAAUGUUGAAGACAACGAUGACUGAAAUGCUGCUAAUCUGUAGCAAAGUAUCUUGGGUUAGGUCACUUUUGGCUUUUUACAAACUGACAUCAUUUAGCUUAUGUUGUUGACAUUAGUUCAACUGGUAAUCUGUGCUGUGUGAUGCUGUACAGCAAUACAGGGUGUCUGAUUUAAAACAAACUUUUUUCUGGUUUUAUGUGAAGCUUUAUCAUCUCGAUUUGUCUCUGAAGUUGGGCUGAGUUUUCUCCUUAUAAACAGAAGUAAAAUUUAAUUGCUGUUUGCACUGUUUUUUAUACAUAUAAGAUGGCGAACUGGUGAUGGAAGAAAGCUGCUACUGUAUACACUUUUUGUACUUAAUGUAUUACUGCCUUACUAGGAGUGUUUUUGAGUGCAGAUAAAUAAUGUAUUACAAAUCAUGAAGGCAUCUGUUUAAGUAGUUAAACACAUUGAAGGCUCACAGGCAUGGAGCUAAUUAACAAAUCAUGUUUUAUCUGAAACAAACAUUACUUUCAUAGUGUACAAAGAAAUCUAUCAUCUGUCAAGCUAAGAAGUUUUGACUAAGGAAGAGGUGUCUUAAAAAUGUUUUACAUGGUCUUUUUAAAAUACACUUUUUUUUUUUUUUCCCACACUAUAGUGCAAAAAUAAUGGAUCUUGUACAUAGUUAUGACAGGUAUAUUUUUAACACUGGAUUAUGUUGGGAAUGCUUACAAGUUAUAAUUGUAUUUAAUACAUUAAUAUUGGAAAAGAAUAACUUUU